GCUCGCAUCUCUCUCCCCCGUCCGUCGUUCCCGAGUGUCCGUUAUCGUGUGCGUGUACAACAACAACAACAACACGCCCAACGUCAUCCUCCUUCGAGUUGUUUCGUUAAAUAGUUGUUCCUUGUUGUAAAAAUCGUUCAGUCGGUUUUCCCGGAGGCCGAUUUUCACGCCCGUAUAUACACGCUGGACAAAAUGCUGCCGAGGAUAACUCUGCUGCUGAGCCUCGGGCUCGUGCUCGUCUCCGGCUAUCAGGACGACUACAGCAGCAAUUACAAUCGUCCGACGACGAACGAGAGCCACACGGCGGUGUUCUGCUACGUCAACGGCACCCGCCUCGUCUCGCAGUCGCGUCGCAACACCUACCAGACCGGCCACUUCGGCGUGGAGAGCAUCAAGGUCGAGCUGUGCACGCACAUCGUCUACGGGGCUGCUGUGCUCGAGCCCAACAGCUGGGACAUCCGUGCCAUCGAUCCGGACCUCGAGCACCGUCAGAGCUCGGGCAACAAGAUCUCCUUCGACGAUAUUACCGAGUUGAAGAAUCGCAAGAGGGAUCUGAAGGUGCUGAUAUCGGUGAGCGGCACACCGACGGCCUUCUCGCAGAUGGCCAAGUCGCAUCGCGAGGUCUUUGUGCAGCACGCCAAGACCUUCUUGAACAAGUACAAGUUCGACGGGCUGAACAUCGACUGGCAGUACCCGACCCGUCGUGGCGGCACCACCGAGGACAAGCAGAACUUCGGCCUCCUCAUCAAGGAGCUCAAGAUCAUGUUCCGCAACGAGGCCAAACUCCUCACCGCCUCCAUCUCCCCCAUGCGUCAGACCGUCAUCAACGGCUACGAGUACAUGGACGGCGUCGUCAUGGAGUCGGUCGACUACUGGUUCAUCCUCGCCACCGAGUACUACGGCCACUGGUCCAAUCGCAUCGGCCCCAAUGCGCCCCUUCGCGGCCGCGAGAAUCUCGGCGUCGAGAAGACCAUCGACGAUCUCAAGUAUCUGUUUCAGAAGCACGCCUACAAGCUCGUCCUCGUCGUGCCGUUCUACGGCAAGAAGUUCCAGCUGCGUGGCCCGCUGCAGAACAAUUACGAGAGUCCGAUCGGCAAGGACUUCGUGAACAUGCACGCCCCGGCGGAGAACGUGAUACUGAGCUAUCGCGAGAUCUGCCAGAAGAUGAGCAACGAGCAGUGGCGCCGGGGCUGGGACAGCGACAGCGAGACGCCCUACAUCGUCAAGGACGCCGGGGCCAUCGUCUUCGACGACGCGCAGUCCGUUCAGGCGAAGACGAGCAUGGCCCUGCGCCGUGGCCUGGGCGGCGUCAUGGCCUUCAGCAUCGACAUGGACGACUUCGACGGCGACUGCUCGGACGGCUCGGCGCACGGCCGACGCGGCGGCAGCAGCAGCACCAACACCGGCUCCAACUCGGACAGUUACAAUUACAAUUGGCGCGAUCGGAGCGCGCGCAAGUAUCCGCUGCUGCAGAUCAUGUACGACACCGUGGAGCGGGGCCCGAACUCGGCCGGCCUCGGCUCGGCCUCGCUGCUCCUGGUGACGAUGUCGGCCGCGAUCGCCACGAUGCUCAACAAGCCUCAGUAAAGGGAAGGAUGAAAGAAUAAAAUUAUAAAAAAGAUGGGGAACACAUUGCCUUAUAAUUGUAGAGCGUAGGAAAGAAAAAUAAAUUAAUUUACGUGACUGUAUUGUUCUGGAUCCGCACGAUCUCGCUUGAAAGUAUAUCGACGAUAAAAAUCCGGACGAUCAUGAGCUUUUCGCGGGAUCUAAAACGACGAUGAAAAUAAAAAAAAAUUAUGAAUUUUCACGAUGCUUAUUAUAUGAAUAUAAAUUAUUAUAUACAUUAUGUAGUACACGAUACUGUAUUAUAAACAUUAUGGCGUAUUAUUAUGUGUUUAGGUCUUCUAUCAUUUAAUUAAUUGUAGUCUAUAUAGGAAAUAUGGACUCAUUUUUUUUUCGUAAGCUAAAUAAUGUAUGUGCAUUUACAUUAAUAUGUAUUAUAGAUAAUAAUGCGAGAAUAAAACGAUGAUAUAUAUUUAUGAUUAUUAUAUUUCAUACGCUGUAAGAAAACGUUCGUUUUACAAUGGGCGUAAUAAUAUUAAUGAUAAUUAAUAAUGUUGUACGAAACUUUUAAUGGUAAUGAGUAUAAUUUACCAUUGUGCACGAUGUGUGUAUGUAAACCAAAAGAAAUUCAUUUAGUUUCGUAAUAUCUAUGUUGAUUUAUUUUUUCUAAACUGUCGAUCAUUUUGUAAAGAUGAGAUUUAUGACUCCUGCCGAUUAGAUUUUUAUAAAAAAAUGUAUUUUUCUCUUCCACGAUGACGAUGUACCGUGUUUAUUUCAUACCGAUGUAUCGUACAAAUGUGUUUAAAUUUUAUGUA